CCGGAAUUGAAGCGGAGGCUGAAGAGUCGACACCUGCAGAUGAUUGCCAUCGGCGGCACGAUCGGAACGGGCCUCUUCAUCAGCAGUGGGACUGCUCUCGCGCAUUCGGGACCCGCGGGAACCCUCAUCGCCUAUGCCUUUGUCGGCUCCAUUGUCUUCUCGGUGAUGGCCUCCCUCGGUGAGGUCGCGACGUACAUUCCGUGCGCGGGGUCGUUUACAUCGUAUGCGGCGCGGCUGGUGGACCCGAGUCUUGGUUUCGCGAUGGGAUGGAUAUACUGGUUCAACUGGGCAGUGACAUUCGCGGUGGAGCUGACGGCCACGGGGUUGCUUGUGCAGUAUUGGGAUGCAAGCUUGAAUAUCUCCAUCUUCAUUGGAGUCUUCUGGGUGGUUAUUAGCGCCGUCAAUUACCUGCCCGUCAACUUCUACGGCGAGCUGGAGUUCUGGUUCUCCACGAUCAAGGUGCUCACGGUGCUGGGGUUCAUGAUCUUCGCCAUCUGUGUCGAUGCGGGUGUGGGCCGGGGUCACUACCUCGGCUUCACGUACUGGCAUAACCCGGGGGCAUUCGCACCCUACAAGAUCGAGCAUAAUGACUCCGUGGCCAAGUUCGUCGGAUUCUGGGCUGUGCUGAUUCAGGCCGGUUUCUCAUACCAGGGCACGGAGUUAGUGGGUGUCGCUGCCGGCGAAACGGAGAACCCGCAGAAGACAGUCCCGUCUGCCAUCCGCAAGACGUUCAUCCGCAUCCUGGUGUUCUUCGUCCUCACGAUCUUCUUCAUCGGCCUGGUUGUUCCCUACGACGAUCCGCGGCUCGUGACGGCCGAUUCCAACACCGCCUCCGCCUCUCCCAUGGUCAUCGCCGCGCAGCUAGCCGGCGUGAAGGUCCUCCCGAGUUUGAUCAACGCCGUGCUGUUGACAGUCGUGCUGUCGGCAGCCAACUCCAACGUGUACAGCGGGAGUCGAGUGCUUCUGGGCCUCGCGGAGGAGGGCUUCGCCCCCAAGUUCUUCGGCUGGGUAACCCACAAUGGUGUCCCCUGGGUGGCGGUGACGUUCACCGCCGCCUUCGGUCUGCUGGGGUUCAUGAACGUCUCCGCGUCCGGUGGGACAGUCUUCAACUGGUUCACGAACAUCAGUAGUGUCGCUGGAUUCCUCUGUUGGACGUCGAUCAACACCAGUCACAUCGGGUUCAUGCGGGCCCUGAAGGCGCGCAACCAGUCGCGCGACACCUUGCCCUACAAGGCUAUCUGGCAGCCAUACCUCGCGUACUACGGGCUGUUCUUCAACCUCGUCAUCAUCUUCACGCAGGGCUUCACCGCGUGGAUCCCUGAGUUCGACGUGUCCAGUUUCUUCGUCGCGUACAUCUGCCCGAUUCUGUUUGCGGUGCUGUAUUUCGGGCACAAGAUCGUCUAUCGGACCAAAUUCGUGAACCCGGUCGAGGCAGAUUUGGAUACGGGGCGGCUACCCAACAUGUCCUGGGAGACGUCAGGGCCACAGCAGACUUGGUCGGAGUGGACGAAGGAGAAGGUCCGGUCGAUCUAUGCCAUCUCAUAGUUACCCUGGUCUACAUCGAGCGAGGGUAACAGAGACAUGUCUGACAGGAGUAGGUGCCCUUUUUUUUUUUU